AUGCACUCGGUGCCAUUGCCUCUUCGAGUCUUACUCGCCACGAAAUGGGACGAAAGGCUUGAAGGUCUCCUGAAAUCCUUAUCGGCUUACAUUGGUCUCGAUCUUGUCAAAAACGUUCUCAGUUCUUUAUCUUUUGGUGCAGUCGCGGCUUUGAGGCUCUGCAUGUUGCUUCCGUUACAAGUCUUUUCGCUCUCUUCCCAGUCUGAACCCUCUUCACCUUCAAUCUCCAGUGAAACGACAUCCGCAAACUGUAGACCUAUUGCUCAGGUUACGCGACGAGCCAUGCUAAACGAUCCCGAAGUCGAGCACAAGGCUGCUCUUAGCCAAGUACAUGAUGGCUCUCACGGAAGCCUUCAAGGCUCAGAGAAAGAUGCAGACCAUGUCGGCACCGCAGAUGGAAACAACACUGUCGACGCCAACUACCAGGCUGGUGUACAAGCCGUCGAAGCCGUGACCCUCUCCUGGACAACCGCAUCUUUGAUCACGGCCUAUAUUCUCAUCUGGCUUGUCUACUUUAUCCAAGGCCUCGUAGCAGGAGUUAGCGGCGCCUUGAUCCCCUACGUCACCUCCUCCUUCGCCUUCCACUCUCUCACGCCUACAACCAGUGUUCUAAGCUCUGUCAUUGGAGGCGUAACAAAUCUCAGUAUAGCCAAGACACUGGAUGUUUUCGGUCGCCCACAGGGGUUCCUUCUUUGCGCUGUACUCGCCACUGCUGGACUUAUCAUGUCAGCUGCCUGUAACAACGUGGAAGCAUACGCUGCGUCGCAGGUUUUCUACACCGUCGGUAUCAAUGGAGUUGGAUACAGUCUGAGCGUGUUCAUCGCGGAUACAACUUCGUUGCGCCACCGCGGUCUCAUUCAGUCCCUGUGCUGCUCAUCUUAUCUCAUCACCGCAUGGCUCGGCGGACCGAUUUCGACGGCCUUCCUCAACGGAGCUGGUUGGCGUUGGGCGUUUGGAAUGGAAGCUAUCCUUAUCCCAGCAGUUACGCUUCCUUUGUUUGGACUGUUCAUGUACCAUUAUUUCAAGGCGAAGAAAGCUGGUCUUGUUCCGAAACAUUCGAGCGGACGUACCUUCUUGGAAUCGCUCAGAUACUACGUACGCGAGUUCGACGCUGUUGGUCUACUUACCCUCUCUGUCGGUAUCGCUUUCUUCCUCCUGCCAUUCAACCUAUACGCGCUGCAAGCAAAAGGAUGGGAUUCUCCUAUGAUUAUCUGCUUCCUGGUUUUCGGCAUCGUCCUCCUGAUUCUCUUUGGAAUCUGGGAGCGUUUCUUCGCAAAGAUCUGCUUCAUUCCCUGGAAACUCCUUCUAGAUCGCACCGUCGCUGGAGCCUGUAUCCUAUCUUUUGCACUAUUCUUCAGCUAUAUGUGCUGGAGUAUGUACUUCACGUCUAUCCUUCAGGUCGUCUUCAACAUGAGUGUUACGCAUGCCAGCUACAUCAUGUCGACAUAUACAGUUGGCGGUUACGUCUUCGCCGCCCUCAUUGGCGCCUUCAUGUCCUGGACCGGUCGCUUCAAGCCUGUCACCCUUUUCUGUUCGAUUCCGCUAGUGGUCCUCGGGACUGCACUACUCAUCCACUUCCGCCAGCCUACCGACAAUAUCGGAUACAUUGUCAUGUGCCAAAUCUUUGUCGCAUUCGGUGGCGGAGUAAUGACAAUUACGACCGAGAUCGCAAUUUUGGCCGCUGUGAAAGAACAGCAAUACUUCGCUGUGGCCAUCGCCCUAGUAUCCAUGUGCGGAAGCGUCGGUUCGGCCGUUGGGCUGACUGUCUCUUCGGCAAUCUGGCAGGACGUGGUUCCCAAAAGGCUUAUGUUGUACCUCCCUGCUGAAGACCUCCCGAAUCUCUUAAUGAUCUACGCGGAUAUCGUCACACAGUUGUCUUACCCUGUUGGAUCACCUACUCGCUUGGCUGUUCAGAGGGCAUACGGAGAUGCGCAGAGGUAUCUGUUCAUUGCGGGAACUGCAGCUUGGGUUAUUGGUACGGCUGGAGUGCUCAUGUGGCGAAACAUUGACAUUAUCGCUAUGAAGCAGACAAAGGGUCGUGUGUUCUAG